AAGGAGCCAGAGGGUAGAGUUGCGUCUGCUCUGAGCAGUGAAGAAAUGGCUGCGGUGAGGGUGCACAGCUCCAUUCAGAGCAGCCUCUGCAUCUUAUCACACCCUUUGUACUCAACAAGUCGUCAUCUCAAAACGCGUCUUCAUUUUCCUCGACCCCUUUUCUCAUCUCCAUCCUUUUCUUCUGGAAGAGCCUUGUUUUACAGUUGCAGAGCUGAUAAUUUUAAGGGCAGUGAACGAGAAGUUUCAGAUUCUUUCGUCCUCACGACUCCGCUUUAUUACGUAAAUGCCCCUCCCCACAUGGGAAGUGCCUACACCACUAUUGCUGCUGACGCCAUUGCUCGAUUUCAGAGGCUAUCAGGAAAGAAAGUUAUAUUCAUAACUGGCACAGAUGAGCAUGGGGAGAAGAUUGCCACUGCCGCCGCUGCCUGUGGUUCCAGCCCAAGUGAACACUGUGAUGUCAUUUCACAAGCUUACAAGACGCUUUGGCAAGAUUUAGAUAUAGCCUACGACAAGUUUAUUCGGACAACUAAUCCUAAGCAUGAAGCAAUUGUAAAGGAGUUCUACUCAAGGGUUCUUGCCAAUGGUGAUAUUUACCGGGCUGAUUAUGAAGGACUUUAUUGCAUCAAUUGUGAAGAGUAUAAGGAUGAGAAGGAAUUGCUGGAAAAUAACUGUUGCCCUAUGCACUUAAAGCCAUGUGUUUUGAGGAAAGAAGAUAACUACUUCUUUGCCCUGUCAAAGUAUCAAAAAUUGUUGGAAGAAACUUUAACACAAAAUCCAGAUUUUGUGCAGCCUUCUUUCCGUUUAAAUGAGGUGCAAAGUUGGAUCAAAAGUGGUCUGAGGGAUUUUUCUAUUUCCCGAGCAUCUGUGGAUUGGGGCAUUCCUGUUCCUAAUGACAACAAGCAGACCAUAUACGUCUGGUUUGAUGCUUUACUGGGUUAUAUUUCAGCACUAUCAGAAGACAAUGAACAACCUAAUUUACAAAGUGCAGUUUCUUCAGGUUGGCCUGCCUCGCUACACUUAAUUGGCAAGGAUAUUUUACGUUUUCAUGCAGUUUACUGGCCAGCUAUGUUAUUGUCAGCCGGAUUAAGCCUUCCUAAGAUGGUUUUUGGCCAUGGAUUCUUGACAAAAGAUGGAAUGAAGAUGGGAAAAUCAUUGGGGAAUACACUUGAACCAAAUGAUUUGGUUCAAAGAUUUGGCUCGGAUGCAGUAAGAUACUUUUUCCUUAGGGAGGUGGAAUUUGGCAAUGAUGGGGACUACUCGGAGGACCGCUUCAUCAAUAUUGUCAAUGCACAUCUUGCCAACACAAUUGGAAAUCUUCUUAACCGUACCCUUGGGCUUCUUAAAAAGAAUUGCCAAUCAACUUUGGCAGUCGAUUCAACUCUUGCAGCUGAAGGCAAUGCAUUUAAGGACACUGUAGAUAAGUUGGUUGAAAAGGCUAAGUUUCAGUAUGAGAACCUCUCAUUAUCAUCAGCUUGUGAGGCUGUGCUAGAGAUUGGUAAUGCUGGGAACUUGUACAUUGACGAGCGUGCACCAUGGUCUCUUUUUAAACAAGGUGGUGCUGCUUCUGAAGCUGCUGCAAAGGAUCUUGUGAUUAUAUUGGAAGCGAUGAGGAUUAUAGCAAUUGCUUUAUCACCAGUCACUCCAAGGUUAUCUUUGAGAAUAUACGAACAGCUUGGGUACACAAAGGAGCAGUUCAAUGCUACAACCUGGAGUGAAACAGAAUGGGGUGGGCUGAAGAGCGGCCAAGUGAUGGCUCAGCCAAAGCCUGUUUUUGCUAGGAUCGAGAUCGAAGCAGAGGGUGGAGAUGGAGGUGAAGCAGCAAAGAAAGUUGUGAAGAAGAAGGAAAAAAUACCCCACACUCAGGGAGUGGCACAAGCCUAAACAUCAAUUUAUUUGAUAAAAUUGGUUACCAUUAAUUUUUCUUUGUACCAAAUUCUCGCUUAAUUUACAUUUGGAUAAUCUUCCCACAAUAAACUUUUUUGUCAUCUCAAUCUUCAGUAGAUUGAAUUGACAGAUGUUUUUAAGUACCCUUUUGUAAUAGAUAUGCAUUAGCCUA